AUGCCAGAGCAGUGGGCCCGCUUGCUUCAGACAUCAAAUAUCACUAAGUCAGAGCAGAAGAAAAACCUGCAGGCUGUUCUGGAUGUACUGGAAUUUUAUAGCUCAAAGAAGACCUCCAACAGCCAGAAGUACAUGAGCUUUACAGAUGCUACUAAUUUUUACUAUAUUUUAAGAAUUGAAACAUAUUUUUGCAGGGUCGUUUUUCUAGGUACAGGAGUCUGGUUCUUCUGGUCCAUUGUCUUGCUGAGUUUAUUUGGGAUCCUGGCUUCCUACACAUCAUUGCUAUUGGUUGUUGGAUUUUUGUUGUGUUGGGAAAAAAAGGAACUUUACCUGCACUGGUAUCAUAAGAUCCUGAUUCUGCUAGUGAUUCUAAUCCUUGUUUUUUUCCGGAUUUUAUGUACUUGCUGGAAAGACAGGUGGCUCACUAUUGGGCUGUCACUGCAGGUCUUUGCUCCCUACGUACACCUGAGCAGCAUAUCUGCGAUGGUUAUGCUUUCCUGGUCUGUGGCCUUCUACUUAGUCCAUUUGGAAGGAGAAGCUCUACAAGUGGCUAUUGGAUUGCCCUUUUUUCUUAUCCUUUUAUGUCUCUAUGUGGUGCCAUUGGGGAUUUAUUCUCCCUGCAUUCAGGAGAAGGAUAAAUUGGGACCCAAGCCGAACUUCUUUGGACGUAGAGGUGCAUCCAAGCUAGGACCUGAGAAUACCAUGAUGUCCUUUGAGAAAGCUGUUGAACACGGGGCCUUUGGGCUGGAGAAUGAUGUACAAAUAAGUUUGGAUCAGGUGCCUUUCCUCAUGCAUGAUUAUGAUCUGAGAAGAACAACCAAUAUCAAAGAGGUCCUGCCAAAUGCCUCCCACCGACAUAGUAGCUUUUUUCAUUGGAAUUUCCUGUGGACUCUGAAUGCAGGCAAAUGGUUUUCAUAUUCAUGGAUCAGACCAUUUUACCAUAUGAAACCCCUAUCAGAGGCUGGUAGAGAAAGAGCAGGAAAUCAGAAGAUUCCCAAACUAACUGAAUUAUUGGAACUUGCACAGAAGCAGAAAAAAUUGGUGAUAUUUAAUCUUAAUUCUCCUCCACGAACACAUCCUGCCAGAAACUCGUAUAUUCGCCUUGUAGUAAGCGUGAUCCUUGCCUCUAAAAUUGAGCAACAUCUGAUUAUUUGGUUACCAGGUUCUGAUAGGCAGUAUGUCAGGAGCAAAGCUCCUGAUUUUCAACACAUUGGCCGGUUAUUUACCAUUGAACAACUUGCAAAAGAAAAUAUCACUAGAAUCAAUGUUGACUACAAGAGGUUGUUCUACAAUGGGUUGAGAGAAUAUAAAGCAGCUAACAUCAACAUCAACUUAUACCUCGUCAAUGAACCUUGGCUCUUCUCACUGGCCUGGUGCUCCAGGAUUCACUCAGUGACCACAGACAACAUUCAGCUCCUGAAUGAGAUAAAUCACCCUUACUUCUUCAUGACACCAAAUUUCUAUAUGUUCAUGUGGAUUCUCAUGGAUAUUAUCUCUGCAGUUUUCAUUGGUGCCAUAUUUUGUUUUCAUUGGUGGAGAGAGAGCCAAAGUGAAAAAAUCCUCAAAGGUAUCACCAGUUACACAGCAUGA